AUGGCCGACAAUGGCAGCACUUCCGAUAAACCCAUGGUCACGCGUGUUGCGCUAGCAGACUGGAGCAGGGACGAAUGUCUAUACAUCCAAUUGCAUAGCGAACUACUCCUUGCCGUCGCGCACCUACCUGCCGCGCCCUUUCAUUCAAUCAACGACAUUUCUCAGUAUGUUGGAUACUGUCAGUACUUCGCGCUACCGGACGCCGCAACCAGUGACUCUCUAGAAGAGACCGGCAGCGAUGUGGUAAAAAGCAUCAACACCUUCACUGCCAAGCGCGACGAGCUAUCCGGAUGGGUCAUGUGGGCUCUUCAAGCGACGAAGAUAAAAGCUGCCUUCGAUAAGAAGUUCCACGACGUUAAAGUGUCACCGGUCAUGCUUCGGGAGUACCGCGAAAUACGCGAGCGAAUUGGCUUCGAUACAUACAUAUACAACCCAAAGUUGUACCCCACGCUUUGGUCAUUCCUCGAAGACGCUGCUCGCGAGCAGUUUCCCGAGUUCAUCGGAGAUACUACAAAACCCGAAAACGCACGAGACGUCGACACCGACGGUAGCGCCCACCCUGUGACCAAAUCCGGACCUGUCAACGACCAGGCGAACACAUCGGACCAGGAACUGAUGGACGAGGACAACAUAUCUGCCGCGGGCGACGAAAUGAACCCCGGAGCGAGCGAUGAGGAAGAGCAAUCAGAGCCUGGAGGCUUCGCGCAGGGUCAGGUCCGCGCUAGAUGUACAGGCACCAACAAUGAUGGAACAGCCUGUCAGCGAAGAAGUACAGAUAUUGAAGAGAAGGAUCGUGCGAGCUGGCGUUGCCAUCUCCAUGAUCCAGAGAAGAAGAAGAUCACAGCCGCUGCUCGCGCGGCAAGGAACGCAGCAAAAAGGCUAGCUGCGGCUUCGGAGCCCAAGAAGCAGAAGGGUGGUAACAAGGGAGGAGAAGAAGGAGAGGGAGAAGAUGCGAAGGCAGGCGGAAAACGCGCUCGGAAGGCUGCAGCGGUGGCUGGAGAAGGAGCAGGUCGGUCAUCCAAGAAGCGCUCAAAGUAA